GUUAUCAUAAACAAUAAACAGCUGAUUUGGGACAAACGGGGUUCAGACGGAGUACAUUCGAAAAAACUCAAAUUAAAAUGUUUCUGCAUGUACUCGCAAUUUUAAUAAUUAUAUCAAGAAAUAUGAUAGAAUUAAUCAACAUUUUAGAAAUUUACUGAUUAAAAAAGUAUUAAUAAAAAUUAAAAAAAAAUUUAAUAAUAUCGAAGCUGGCAGUUGGACAUCACUUAAAUGUGGUGAAAUCUACUUACAGUGACAUAGACAAUGUUCAUGUGUCUCUCAUAAGACUUCAUAAUUUAGGAAAUACCUUUCAAUGUUUUCGAAAAUAUACUCAUAUGAUCUCUAGAUUUGCAUUUCUAUGUGAGAUAUAUAUUUUUUUUAGUAAUAAAACACAUUAUAACUAGUUUUACAUGUGCGCAUACAUAUGCUACCCAUGGUGUGUAUAAUACCACCACAAGAAGAAGAAGAAAUGUAAAAACGAAAACAUAAAAGAAUUUUCAUGAAAUCAGUAAAGCAAAAAAUUAGUAAAUAAAAAUAAUUUGUGUUUGAUAAUUUUUUGGAAUCAAACGUAAAUGGAUCUACAAGAACCUACAGGAGCAUUAAAUACGGGAAGUGCGGGGGACGAGCAAACUACUGAACCGACUGCGAUAAUAAUUAAUGAAAAUAUUGCAGCUGAGCCACCAAACGAAGGCCGUAAUGUUGUGUCUUCCCUAGAAUCUACACCAAAACCGAUUGUAGAGGGUAGUAUUGAACUCGAUAUAACAGGAACAGUAAAUACAGUUGUUGAACAGCCGUCCGUAACAAUAUCGACAAACGAACAUUUAACAAACAACAUUGCCGAUACACAACCAGACACGGAGUGCGACUUGCAGCCAACAGAUGCUAGUACAACACCCAUUGCAUUAAAUGUUGACGCGACCCAUUCAAACCAGGAGGAAAUUAACACACAAGAAGAUGUGCAAAUAAUAGACAAUAACUUAAUGCCUGUUUCAGUAGCUACCAAUAUGGAUAUUGAAGCUGAUCAGCAGCAAAGCCUUGGAAACGCUGAGGUACAACAAGAAAUUGAAGCAGAUGAUAUAUCGUUAGAGGAGCUUGCUCAGAAUAAUAACGAAAACGAAGAUGAAAGUAACCAUGAAAUCCGUUUUGAUCCCUCACCGCUAAUAGAACCACUUUUAGAAGACGACGAAAUGGGCGAGCAAGGUGUGGACGAUGACGUUGAUGAUCAGCCAAUUGCGGAUUAUGAAGGUGAGGAUAACUUAAUGCUAGAGGACAUUUCGGAUGAUGCUUCAACUUCACCAGAUGCUGUCUUUGAUGAUGACCAAAUGCGCGCUGCUUUUAGUGAAAUGCUUGUACAAAAUAGACGUGGUGGUGAAAACUUUAUGCAACGCUUACGUAGCGCUUUCUUUACUAUGGAACAUAAUAGAGAACGUCGACGCAUUGAAACGGAAAACAACGAAGUUGAAGUCGAAGUGGAAGAGGCCGAACCCGAAAAUCCUGUAAGCUUUGAUACAAGUCUACCAGCUGAACAUUCAUAUUUGGGCGAGAAUAUGGACCGUGUGUCUGGCGUGCAUUAUUUGGAAGUGGGUCAACAAUACAAUUUAAUGCUUUUCAUGCAUCAGCACAUUUUAUUCCCCGGCGAAGUGCUGCCCUUUAUGAUCUCUGGUUCGAUUAUCGAGUCUGACAUGAGCGCACAAAACGGUUUACUUUUUGGCGUUUGUUUCCCCACACUCUGCAACAGCGAGGAGAUAGAUGAUAACUUUUAUGGAGUCACUUGUCAAAUAUAUGAAAAGGGCACAGACGAACGCGGCAACACACUGAUCAAAUCGCGUGCUUUACAACGUUUUGUCACUAAAGGCAAUCAAGUAACUGGUCCACUAUCAUUUAUAGCCGCCCAUCCUCAAUUCAAGGUAUAUGGCAAAGUUAGAAUACUUCCCGAAAUUUAUCUACGCGAACCACUUCAAUGCAUUGAUAUGGGUUCACUUAAUCGAUUUCGUGAUAUAAACUCUAUGCGCGAAAGCUAUAAACGUUAUCAAGCCGCCACAACAGCUUGGCCAGCACAUAUUUAUAACUACUACAGCAUUACGGCCAUAGUGGAAAAGGCGCGUACACAAUUGGCACAGCACAAGAUUGACACAAUGCCCACUGAUCCAACACAGUUAUCAUUUUGGUUGGUGCGCAAUCUGCAUCUGUCUGAUAGUCUAAUGAAGACUAUAUUUUUGACGGAUUCGGUUAAUAUGCGCAUGAAACUUAUAUCGAAUACAUUUACAGAUGAUUCGGUGUUUAGUUGUCGAUAUUGUGGCAAUCGCAUUGCGAAUUGUCAACAACUCUUCGCAAUGUCCAAGCAUGGCGUGCAAACACAAUACUGCAAUUCGGCUGGUUAUAUACAUGAAACGAACACCGUCUAUCAACUAUUACCGGAUGCAAUUACAUAUAGUGGUCAGCCAUCCUCAAAAUUCAGCUGGUUUCCUGGUUAUGAAUGGCACAUUAUUCUCUGCAAAAUUUGCUCACGUCACAUUGGCUGGAAAUUCAAGGCGCUCGAACCGAAUUUAGUGCCGAAAUCAUUCUUUGGCAUCUCCAGCUCCAGCGUACGUAUUACUUCACCAACACCCGAGAACACCAAUACACGUGCUGCUGUUUUUCAAAGCUUGAUGAGAUUGGUGCGCCGCGAGAUGCAAUGAAUUUGGCGAGUGGUGAAGCGUUUAAAUUGCAAUUGCCAUUGUUGCGGCAUGAGGCGCCAUAAUCGCCCACAUCGAGCGCAAGAAAAGGAACUAAAUAUUAUAGAUUUGGUAUGACACUAUGCGUUUAGUGAUGUGCCGCAUUUGGUUUGUCAAAUAAUUAAAGACAAGUAAAACGUUUCACCCAGGAUGAUAUACAAUUUUCUAUAUACAUAUUUAAGCGGUGCUAAUAUUCGUAUAGAAUUAAAAAUUACACUCAUCGGCCAAUUAGAUCGCCGAGAUCUUGCAGCGAGUAGCGAGAAAACGCAUCAGUAACUUCAAGUGGAAAGCCCUCUGAUUACUAUAAACAAGAGGGAAAGCAAAAUUGAAUUUCACUUUGGAUUAUUUUUAUAAGAAACUUAAAAAUUUGUGUGGACUUUGAUCUAUAUAUGUAUUGUAUAUUAAAAUACUUCAUUGCAUAAUUUCACUUUACUGUGACAUGUGGAUUAAAAUUAUAGUGGAAUGACAAUUUUUGCUAACACAAACUGCGCUAAGUUCUUGAAGGCGAGUGACAAAGUUAAUUUUCAACGCCGCUACGAUUUGUUUUUAUUAGUUUUAAAACUCAAAUAAUUUCUUUUCAAAGCCAAAACUGCAGCUAUUUAAAAAGUUUCUAGCGAUUUGCAUAUUACAAUAGUGCAACAACUUAUAAGUCAUGAAUAAAAACCAAAAUUAUUAAAAGAUAAACAGCCAUUUGUUUUAGGCUUACUCAUUAGCGUAGUCUAUAUGAAAUAUUCGUUGAAUUGAUGUGCAAACACUGAUGGUAAUUACAGUGAUGUAUUGAAUACAUAAUAACUUAUUAUAUUUAAACUAAUAAGAUUACUCGAAAAUCAUUAAAAAUUAAUUUGCCAAUAACUCAGUGAAA